AUGGCUCAAGAAGGAGCUGUCACAACAAUCCAGCUUCCAAAUUCCACACUUUCCCCUCCUGCAAACUCAUCAGACUGGCAUCUUAUUCAUGCAAUAGUACCUCCAUACCUAUUUUUUGUGUGUUUUGCUGGGAUUCUGGGCAAUGUUUUCGUAUUGCUGGUGUUCUUCUUCCAGAGGGACAAAUGGAGCGUGCCUGAGAUCUACCUGGGCAACCUGGCACUAGCUGACCUGAUCCUGUUGGCCAGUUUACCAUUUUGGGCCAUGAACAUCCUCAAUUCCUUCUCCUGGCCAUAUGGAAAGUUUUUGUGUAAGGUUGUCAACCUCUCCAUUAUUGUUAACAUGUAUGCAAGCAUUUACAUGCUGGUGAUGGUGAACAUAGACCGCUACCUUGCACUAGUGCUAACUAUGAAAGCAAGGUGGCUAAGGAAGAGACGAAAUGCAAAGGCCAUUUGCUUUUGUCUCUGGCUCUUUGGAGUGAUCAUGGGCAUACCAACUGCAAUGUUUAGGACAGUGCAAUACUUCCCAAAUUUUCAGACUGAAGCCUGCUUUAUUCAAUACCCUUCUGACUCCUGGGAAUUUGCCCACUAUCUUCAACUGAAUCUGUUGGGCUUUGCCCUUCCUCUCCUCGUGAUUAUCUUCUGUAGUAGCAGUAUUUUGUGGGUCCUUCAGAAGAGAAGGGAUGGUGUUUACCCACAGGACAGAAACAACAGGAAAGCCACAGUACUGGUGUCUUCUGUGACCCUGUUUUUCUUCAUUUGUUGGGCUCCAUUCCAUAUUUUCACCUUCCUGGAUGUACUUUGUGAUCUUAAUGUCCUGGAUUUGGAUAGCUGGGCUCAUACCUUGGAUAUUGGAAACCAAUUCACCACAUACAUAACAUUUCUGAACAGCUCUCUUAAUCCAGUGCUUUAUGUAUGCAGUGGCCGCUACUUCAGAAGGAAAGUCAGUGCUAUCUAUAAAAGAAGAAAGAGCUCUACUGGGUCUGUGGCCACCACAUUUCAACGCUCGGUUAUAUCAACAUAUGUCCAAAGGAGUGAUCAAAUAAAACCAGUUGUAUUGUAG